AUGACGACCACGAUGCAACUUUUGAAUAACAAAAGGAAGGAGAAUCGCGCGCCUUCGCCUUCUGAUACUGUUUGCGAUGAUACUAAGACGAAGAAGAAGAAGAAGAAGAGUUUUGGCCCCUUGGUCUCACCGCAUGUGAUUUCACAGCCGGGAAAACCUAAGAGGAAGAAGCACACCCCGUCGCGCCGACGACGCAAUACUAAUAACAACAACAAUAACACUCUGACCGACGACAUCGCCGCGACCUCGCUGUUGCUCUUGAGAACAUCAUCGACGACGACGACGACGACGACGUUCUCCGGUGGUGGUUUUGGUGGUGAGGAGGGUUGUGGGCUCGUCUUUUCUUCCCUUCCCUCUCUUUCCGAAGGAAAGUUGGGAGGAGAUGGAGGAGGAGGAGGAGGAGGAGCAAAAGACGUCAAAGUCGACAAAUCGGUCGCAUCGCCCGCGAGGGUAAUGCUUUCGACACCACCGCAACAACCUAAAACUCGAAUGAAGAUACGCGUCGUCCUUCCGCUCCUCGCCUUGAGCGCGAAACGCCGCGCGGAUCUGGGAAAGCUGUACGACGCUUGCGAGCUGUUGAAACGAGUGAAAGCGGUGGAGAGAAUGUUUUAA